AUGCCGAUUACCGCUAAGCGCCGAAGAAGAAGGCGAAGAAAAAGAAUGGCUACAACUUCAAUUUGCGCCUGUGAGCGAGACAAUAGGUCCAUUGAUCACCCUGAGUUCUCUCAACUGAAGGCCAUCCUACCAUCUCAGUAUGAGUAUCGAUUGUGUUGCUUCAAGGACCUUCCAUCUCAUAAUGGGUUUUCAGCAAGUUUACACCGUCCAAUUGGAACACACGAAGAGGCAAUGAAGUGGAAGAGGGAGUUCCAGGAGGUAUCUAAAACCACCCUUCGACUGGCAAAAACGUAUCCCCAUGUAGGUCAGAAGGUCAUCUUCAAAGAGGACCUCCAUUGCCAGCAUAAUACACGCUCAGUUGGUAAAGCCCGGGAGAGCACUCGUCCAUCAUCUAAAGAUACGCAGUGCAGUGCCACAAUGACAAUAGUCAUAAAGCGCACAGGAAUUAAUAUAAAAAGAUCAACUGAUGGUCAUCUCCCAAAGUUUCCAAUGAUUGUGAACAUGAAAUAUAUUCACAAUCACCCAGUCAACUGUGCUGAUGCUCUGAGACACCAAGAUGUUUCGGAUGAAGUAAAGAAGAAAUUCUUAGAUCUGUUUGAAGCAGGCCAUAGUCCAUCAUCAGCGCUUGAGAUUCACAAAUUUAACAUGCAGCUUGAACAUCAAGAUGACUUUGUUUUCAUCAGUGCUGAUAGGGCUAAAAUACCAGACCUUCAAUGGUGUAAAAGGCUGUACUACUCAGCUGCCCAUAAAGCGCAUGGUGGUGGUACCCCUGAUUCAGGCUCUGCGGUUCAAGAGAUCAAAGGCAGUUUGAUGGCAUUCAGCAAUUCAUUGAUGAGUAAGGUUGAAAAUGAUCCAGCCACAUUCCUACCUGCUAUCAAAACCUUUCUCACCAGCUCACAGAAACUGAAGACAGACUCUGCUCUGAUUUCAGCAUUGCACACAUUUGGCAAAUAUUCUGGUGCAGCCAGUGCCAUUAGUAGUAACGGGAAAACCAGGUUGUCAGGUUUGAAACGAAUAGGUGUCCAACCAACUGCUGUCGCACACCGAAAGAAGGCUGCACUCGGAGGUCGUAAGUGCCUGUCCAAUGGAAGGCCAACAGAAGAAUCCCCAUAGAGGAACGUGGCUACCAUAAGGCAGCUCCCAAAAGGAAAACAAGAGUUGACCUGAAAUCUGGUGUAUUCCCACCCAGGAAGAGGUUCGCAGCCCCACAUAACUUCUUUGAAUGUGUUGGCAAGAAGGAGAGUCUCGG